UUUGCUGCUUUAGGACCUGGAGGAAAGGAACCCAUAUGCACGGUAUAAGACUCAAUUCCCAAAGGCUGCAAGGGCGUGGUCCUCAAAGCUGGAUUUCUUGCUUGAUGAAAUCCCGCUCUGCAACUCAUCGCUGCAGUCGCUUGAGCGAUGGACUGUAAGUGCAGCGGAGCUGGAGCAGCUCCUGCUAGACCUGGGUGACGGCGGAAGGCUUGCUCCUCUUAUUACUGUGUGCCCUUACCUUACACACUUGGAGAACGUCUACAUGGCCGUGUUAGACGCGCGGCUGUGGCUCAGCUAUUCAGAGCUUCCUGUCGAACCUCUUCGGAACAGCGGAUCAUACAAGGCAAUUCGUAUGGGGUCCGCUCGACCUGUGCGGCAGCUGCAGGGCAAGCCUCCCUCCUCCUUCUACGCCCUCGAGAUGCAGCUUGAAGCGAGCAACUACUUGGGCAUUCUCAGCGACCCGGGUUCGACGGUGUACUACGUGACGCCAAUGGAUUUUGAGCCAGGGAGACGCGGCUGUUACAUGGCGAGGAUGUUGAGAUUGGGGCGGGGCGUCAUGCGCAAGCGCGGGAUGUCACCAAAACAGCUUGCUGCAAGCCUGGCUGCAACGCCCAUUGAUGAUAAGGAGUUCAAGGACCGCUUCCUCAAGCACAAUAAGAUGACAGAAACAUCUUCCAUGGCCAAGCUCCUGGCUCACCGCAUAUACUUGUCAGCUUUUAUCCAGAUCUUUUUUAAGAUUGAAUAGCCACUGGACCUUCAUGCA